AUGUCUCUAUCGCUUCCCUUUCCGCCAUGGUGGCUUUGCAGCAUCCUUUUUGCGCCGCUGCGAUGGUUUCAAGCCAACUUUCCGGACUUGUUCACUACAUCAGUGAGACUGCUCCUGCGUUUGUGGGACAGUGUGCCAGGAUCUGACUUCGGCUGCCUCUCCUGCCGUUGGGUCCAGAUUUUGGCGGAUAGGCCGCUGGAUGCCGCAUGGUGGUGCUUGAAGGGCCACGAGGUGGAUGAGAGGACUGUCCUGCUUUGGCUUCCGGGCGGUGCCUUUUUGGCCCAGCAGCCCACGGGGUGGCUCUUUGCACGUCGUCUCCUGCCGCAGUUGGCGACGACGGCAGCCGCCGUGCCGAGGGUUCUGGAGCUGAAAUACUCCUUACCAACCAAUCCUUCCACCACCCUACAGCAAGUGCGAGCAGCCGUGCAGUGGCUGAAAUCUCAAGGCUGCCGGGUGAUUCUUUCUGGCGACUCCGCGGGCGGCUACAUGUGCAUCCAAGCCUUGCUGGCGGACAUGCCAGGUGUCCUGGGCGGUGUGGCACUGUGUCCUUGGCUGGACUUCACCUUCAGCGGCGCAUCGCAUCGUGACGCACGAUGCUUUCUGCAGCAACGAUGGCUGGAGGCCGCCCGAGAUGAAUUCCUUGGCUCUGCUGACUUGGAGGUAGCCAAGAAGUGGUCCUUGUGCUUUGCUUUGACACCCUCGCAGCAACAGAAGUUGCGAGAUUCGAAAGUCAUGGUCGUGUCCUGCGAUUUGGAUCUGGUACAGAGCGACGCCAAACGCUUCGCUCAGCUGGCUACGGUGCAGUAUCUGGAAGUCGCAGGCUUUCACGACGCGCUCUUGCUACCAGUCUUCCAUGACCCUUCACAUCAGAGGGCGUUCGAGCAGAUUGCCGGCUUCGUACAGAAUAUGCUGAUGCGGCCGAACAACAAGGCCGAAGGACUUUCGCGGCUCAAGACCUUGCUUGUCACCGCCCAAGCGGCCGUCACCGGGGGGCUUUCCAAGGUGCUGGCAGCUGGAGAGCUGCGAAUGGCCUUGGAGGGGUAUGGCUCCAAAGAAGGCCUUGCGGCUGCCUGCAUGUUGCUGGAGGAAGCCCUUGUAGCCCUCGGGAAGGAGGCCGAAACCCUGGAAGCAGGAAAUUUGGAGGAGGCUCAUGCCUGGGAGGGAGCCAACGACUUGCGGGUGCGCGACGUCAGCAGCAACGGCACUGGACUCCAGGAUCCAACAUCGACCCCUAGCAAGCACGGCAAGCUCAAGAAGGACGUUGACACGCCCAUCGCAGAUGGCUCGUGCAUCAUCUUCCCUUUGCGGACCAAGCAGAAGACGGAAGAGGCCCAGGCCAGGGUCAUCCUUCGUAUCGUCAAGGACAAGGAGGUGGAGGCCGAGACGCCGCCAGUGCCGCCAGUGCCGCGGCUCGCCACGCCAGAGCCGCCCAUGGCACCGCAGCCCAGGACCGAGACACCGGUGCUGCCUGGGGCUGCUGAGCUCCUAGGAUCCACCCAGGUGGAACAGGAGACCGCGGAGACACCACCGGUGGCAGCAGUGGCAUCACCGCCUGUAGAGGUGAAAGAUCUGGCGAAGGAAGAGGAUGAGUCAAGUGAAGAUGACAGCAUCCACGUGGCCAAGAAAAAGGCUGCUGAGGACUUGGCCAACAAAAUGCAGGAGAAACAAAAGAAGAAGGAAGCAGAUGAGAAAGACGCUAAGGAAGCAGCAGAAUCCAAGGAAGAUGAGAAAAAGGAUGAAAAAAAGGCGAAGAAGGAUGAAUCGGAUGACUCGGACGACAAGGGCAAAGCCAAAAAGAAAGAUGACUCUGGCGACGAUGAGAGUUCUGCCAGUGGCAAGAGAAAGAAGAAGAAAACGAAGCGCAGCCGGAGCCGUUCGGGUUCUGGUUCCCGCCGGCGCAGCCGCAAGCGCAGCCGCAGCAAGAAACGCAGCCGCAGCCGCAAACGCAGCCGCGAGAAACGGCGGAAGAGCCGGCGCAGUAAGAGCCGUUGCCGGCGCAGCCGCAGCCGCCGGGGGCGCCGUGACCGCAGCCGCAGCCGCCAGAAGCGGCGCAGCCGCAGCCGCAGCCGCCGCAAAUCGAAGCGGCGGUCGCCGAGGCGGAGCCCGGUGAAGAGGAAGGAAGAGGAGAAGAAAAACGACAAGGACAGCGCCCGAGAAGCGCGCAGAUCUCGCAGCAAAAGUGCCAAGAAGAAGGACUCCUCGGAGUCUGAAGGCAAAAAACUGAAGCCAAAGGAGAAGUCACCUGCCAAGGAAGGUGAAGCUUCCAAGCCCGAAAAAUCCCCUGAGGACUAUAUGAAUGAACCGGUGGAUAAGAUGGUAGCCUCCGGGUCCAAGAAGCCAGAGGCUGCAGAUGGUGCUAAGAAGGGCGCCAUUGUGAACCCUUUCCAUGCGCGGCUGAUUGCUAAGCACCAACAAGAGGCGGUGGAGAAGGCAAAAGCGGAGUUCGAGGCCAAAGCUAAACUUCAGGAGGAAGCUGAAGCCAAAGCCAAGGCCGACGCCGAAGCUGCCGCCGCCCUUGCCCCUCCAGCUCCAGCGGCGCCACCUCCCCCGCCUCCCGCGGCGCAGGCCGCACAGGCAGCGCAUCCACCAGAGCAGACGGCCAUGGCGCUGCGGAACAUUUUGGGCGCGGGCGCCAGCGCCGCCGUGGCCCCGACAGCACCGUUGUCGGCACCGGCGUCAGCGGAGAUGGCACCGCAGAUGGCGCCGCAGAUGGCGCCGCAGAUGGCACCGCAGAUGGCGCAGAUGGCGCCGCAGAUUCCAGGUGUCUCGGGUGCAACUGCAAAAGCCGCGUCACGACCACCACAAUCCCUUGAGCAAGCUUUUUCUGGAAAUCAAGGCAAUAUGACUGGAAUGGGCAUGGCCAUGGGCGCAGUUGGCGCAGCCCCCAUGGGGGCCAUGGGAACAGCUAUGGGUGGUAUGGCAGGAAUGCCAAUGGGUAUGGACAUGAUGGGCAUGGGCAUGGCACCAGGCAUGGGUGCCAUGAUGGGCAUGCCCAUGGGCUCUUGUGGCAUGGCGCCCUAUGGCAUGGGUAUGGCCUGCGCUCCAAUGGGCAUGACGCCACAAGUCUCCGAGUGCUUACUGGAGCUUCAUCGCGCCUUGCGAGAUAUCUUCGACUACUGCGCAGAUCUUCCAGUAACAACUGCCGCACCAGAGGAGUUAGCCAUGGUGGCCCGUGUGGUCGCAGCGUUCCAGCUGGAGGACCCUCAGCGAUUUUCCUCAGAGUUCCUGCGAAGCAUUGAAACGUUCUGCAGCUUGGAAGCUGCAGAAUUUAAGGCGCAAAGGGGUUGA